CCGCCGGCGGAGCUGUCGUCCUCGUCUCCACCUGUCCAUCGAGUCACUUCGAGUCACUUCCUUCCCACUUGUCAAUCGAGUGCCGCCAAAUGCGGCAACAGCGGCGGCGGCGUCGCCUCUGGUGAUGCAGCCGCCGGCGGAGCUGUCGUCCUCGUCUCCACCUGUCCAUCGAGUCACUUCGAGUCACUUCCUUCCCACUUGUCAUUCGAGUGCCGCCAAAUGCGGCAACAGCGGCGGCGGCGUCGCCUCUGCGGCGGCGGCGGCGCCUCUGGUGAUGCAGCCGCCGGCGGAGCUGUCGUCCUCGUCUCCACCUGUCCAUCGAGUCACUUCGAGUCACUUCCUUCCCACUUGUCAUUCGAGUGCCGCCAAAUGCGGCAACAGCGGCGGCGGCGUCGCCUCUGGUGAUGCAGCCGCCGGCGGAGCUGUCGUCCUCGUCUCCACCUGUCCAUCGAGUCACUUCGAGUCACUUCCUUCCCACUUGUCAUUCGAGUGCCGCCAAAUGCGGCAACAGCGGCGGCGGCGUCGCCUCUGCCGCCGGCGGAGCUGUCGUCCUCGUCUCCACCUGUCCAUCGAGUCACCUCGAGUCACUUCCUUCCCACUUGUCAUUCGAGUGCCGCCAAAUGCGGCAACAGCGGCGGCGGCGUCGCCUCUGUUGAUGCAGCCGCCGGCGGAGCUGUCGUCCUCGUCUCCACCUGUCCAUCGAGUCACUUCGAGUCACUUCCUUCCCACUUUUGUCAAUCGAGUGCCGCCAAAUGCGGCAACAGCGGGGGCGGCGUCGCCUCUGGUGAUGCAGCCGCCGGCGGAGCUGUCGUCCUUUUCUCCACCUGUCCAUCGAGUCACUUCGAGUCACUUCCUUCCCACUUGUCAUUCGAGUGCCGCCAAAUGCGGCAACAGCGGCGGCGGCGUCGCCUCUGCGGCGGCGGCGUCGCCUCUGGUGAUGCAGCCGCCGGCGGAGCUGUCGUCCUCGUCUCCACCUGUCCAUCGAGUCACUUCGAGUCACUUCCUUCCCACUUUUGUCAAUCGAGUGCCGCCAAAUGCGGCAACAGCGGCGGCGGCGUCGCCUCUGGUGAUGCAGCCGCCGGCGGAGCUGUCGUCCUCGUCUCCACCUGUCCAUCGAGUCACUUCGAGUCACUUCCUUCCCACUUGUCAUUCGAGUGCCGCCAAAUGCGGCAACAGCGGCGGCGGCGUCGCCUCUGGUGAUGCAGCCGCCGGCGGAGCUGCCGUCAUGUUUCCCCCCCUGUCAAUCCAUCCUCAUCCCCCACAUGUCGCUUCGAGUGGCGACGGUGUCGCUGCGGUGUCGGUAGGUGUGGCGUUGGCGGCGGGUGUGUCUGCGAUGGCGGUGGUAGCGGUUGUGGAGGCAGCGGUGCCGGUGCCGGUGGCGGGUGUGGCGUUGGCGGCGGGUGUGGCGGCUGCGGGAGGUGCAGCGGCAUCGUUGACGGGUGUGGUUGCAUUUCCCUUGACGGCGUUGGAGUUGUCGUUGGCGGGUGUGGCGUUGGCGGCGGGUGUGGCUGCGGUGGCGGUAAUUGUGGUGGCGGCGACGGUGGUGGGUAUGGCGUUGGCGGCGGGUGUGGCGGCUGCGGGAGGCGCCGUGGCAUUGAUUACGGGUGUGGCAGCAGCUGCCUUGGCAGCGUUGGAGUUGGCGUUGGGGGUUGUGGCGUUGGCAGCGGGUGUGGCUGCGGUGACGAUAGUGGCGGUGGCGGUGACGCUGGCGAGUGUGGCGGUGGCGGCCGGUGUGGCGGCUGCGGCAGGUGCAGCGGCAUCGAUGACAGGUGUGGUGACAUUUGUGUGGGCGGAGGUGGAGUUGGCGUUGGCGGCGGCGUCUCCUCUGGUGAUGCAGCCGCCGGCGGAGCUGUCGUCCUCUUCUCCACCUGUCCAUCGAGUCACUUCGAGUCACUUCCUUCCCACUUGUCAAUCGAGUGCCGCCAAAUGCGGCAACAGCGGCGGCGGCGUCGCCUCUGGUGAUGCAGCCGCCGGCGGAGCUGCCGUCAUGUUUCCCCCCCUGUCAAUCCAUCCUCAUCCCCCACAUGUCGCUUCGAGUGGCGACGGUGGUGGCUAUGGAAGUGACGGUGGCGGUGACGGUGGCGGCGACGAUGGCGGGUGUGGCGUUGGCGGCGGGUGUGGCUGCGGUGGAGGUGGUGGAUAUGGAUGUGACGGUGGCGGUGACGGUGGCGGCGACGAUGGCGGGUGUGGCGUUGGCGGCGGGUGUGGCGGCUGCGGGAGGUGCGGUGGCAUCGGUGACGGGAGUGGUUGCAUUUGCCUGGCGGCGUUGGAGUUGGCGUUGGCGGGUGUGGUGUUGGCGGCGGGUGUGGCUGCGGUGGAGGUGGUGGCUAUGGAUGUGACGGUGGCGGUGACGGUGGCGGCGACGAUGGCGGGUGUGGCGUUGGCGGCGGGUGUGGCUGCGGUGGAGGUGGUGGCUAUGGAUGUGACGGUGGCGGUGACGGUGGCGGCGACGAUGGCGGGUGUGGCGUUGGCGGCGGGUGUGGCGGCUGCGGGAGUUGGUGGCUAUGGAUGUGACGGUGGCGGUGACGGUGGCGGCGACGAUGGCGGGUGUGGCGUUGGCGGCGGGUGUGGCGGCUGCGGGAGGUGCGGUGGCAUUGGUGACGGGAGUGGUUGCAUUUACCUGGCGGCGUUGGAGUUGGCGUUGGCGGGUGUGGCGUUGGCGGCGGGUGUGGCUGCGGUGGAGGUGGUGGCUAUGGAUGUGACGGUGGCGGUGGCGGUGGCGGCGACG